UGCUGAGACACAGACGGCCGAUCCGAAAUCUCGUAUAUGUGCACGCAUCCGUAGAAUUAUCAUCAUACGAAGUGCAACGUCGUCGAGAAGGCUGAAAACGCGCGGGAUUAUAACGGUCCAUCAUGCACGAUUAACCGGUAGCCCUUCCCAUAAUGGAUUAAGGGACCCCGGUCUCGUACCUCUGCUUCUUGAAUCGCGAAUGCCCGCCAUGUUUCUUGCAGCACCUCCUCCAUCUCCCCUCCUCUCUUCUUCUUCUUCUUCUUCCCCUCUCCCUCUCGUCAGUCCUCUCUUGACCCGAAUCCCUUCCACUUUCCUAGACUUCUCAUGCUCCAAAACCCUAAUCAUGCCACCGCCAAGAAGAGCAAGAACCCAUCUCUCCAGAUUCGUCUUCCCCAGGAAAUCCUCUCUCUUCUCCCCUCUCUUCUCCAUCCCAAACCCGCAAGAAUCCCAUCGCCAUGCCUUUCCUUUCACCUCCUCCUCCCCUCUCUUUGAGAUCGCCCCCUUCCUCCGAUCCGAAUGGGAGCCGAUCCUCAAGGGCUGGAUCUGCAGCGCCGUCUCCGUCUACUGCCUCUCCAGUGCCGUCCCCCGAGUCGGCCGCUUCCCGUCGGUGAUAGCCGCCGGGAUCGGGUCCAAUCGCAUGGUGCGGGAGGGCUUGGCGCUGGCGGCGCUGGCCGGUGCUCGAUCGGUUACCGGUUAUCUCCAGCAGGCUUUUCUGUGGGAGGCGGCGGUGAAAUCGGUUUAUAAGAUUAGGGUUCAUGUUUUCGAUCGGGUCUUGCAGAGGGAUCUGGGGUUCUUCGAGGGGAAUGAUGGUGUUCCGGCGGGGGAUGUAGCUUAUAGGAUCACGGCGGAGGCAUCGGAUGUUGCGGACACUGUGUGCGCACUUUUGAAUACUAUCGUACCAAAUACCUUGCAAGUGAUAGCGAUGGCAACUCAGAUGGUGGUGGUCAGUCCAGCUCUCUCAUUCCUGGCAGCAUUGAUCAUCCCAUGUACCUCAGUCAUCAUAGCCUAUCUUGGUCAAAGACUUCGGGAGAUAUCAAGGAACGCACACUUGAGUGCUGCUAGACUCUCAGCCUACUUAAAUGAGGUAGUUCCAUCAGUUCUUGCUGUAAAGGCUAACAAUGGAGAGUUGAAUGAAAGCAUGCGAUUCCAAAUGCUUGCCCAAGAUGAUCUGGAAAAACUUUUGAGAAAGAGGAAAAUGAAGGCUCUGAUGCCUCAGAUUGUACAAGCAUUGUACAUAGGAGGAUUGCUACUAUUUUGUGCUGGUUCACUGAUUGUUUUAAGGAAUUCAUUUGCUGCAUCAAGUUUUUUGUCAUUUAUAAUGGCACUGACUCUCCUAAUUGAGCCUAUUCAGGAUGUGGGAAAAGCUUACACUGAACUGAAGCAAGGAGAGCCAGCAAUAGAACGCUUGUUUGAUCUAACAAGGUUCAAAUCUAAGGUGAUUGAGAAACCAGAUGCAGUUGAUUUAGACUCAAUUACUGGCGACAUAAAAUUUUGUGGUGUUACAUUCCGAUAUGCAGACAACAUGCCUCCUGUUUUAAAUGGGUUAAAUCUACAUAUAAAACCAGGGGAAAGGGUUGCUCUUGUUGGGCCUUCUGGAGGAGGAAAAACAACUCUUACCAAACUGCUUCUUCGCCUAUAUGAUCCUCAUUGUGGAUGUAUACUUGUGGACAAUCAUGAUAUUCAGGAUAUCCGACUAAAAAGUUUAAGAGAGCACAUAGUUCUGGUUUCACAGGAUAUUAUGCUGUUUUCAGGAACAGUGGCUGAAAAUAUUGGCUAUAGAGAUUUGAUUGGAAAAGUGAACAUGGAACAAGUUGAAAAUGCUGCGAGAAUUUCUAAUGCUGAUGAAUUCAUUGCCACACUUUCAGAUGGCUAUGAAACAAACAUUGGGCAAAGGGGCUCUCUUCUUAGUGGAGGACAGAAACAGAGGCUAGCUAUUGCAAGAGCACUGUAUAGGAAGUCCUCAGUACUAAUUUUGGAUGAAGCAACUUCUGCUUUGGAUAGCAGGUCCGAGCUGUUGGUCAGACAAGCACUGGAGCGUAUGAUGGCUAACCAUACUGUUCUCAUAAUUGCCCAUCGACUGGAUACGAUUUUAAUGGCAGAUAGAGUUCUUCUCCUAGAUAAAGGCAAGUUAGAGGAGGUGUCAAAGCCCUCUCUUCUUGCUCAAGAUGGUCCGUGGGCCUCGCUUGCAUUGAACAGUCAUCGUGUAACCCAUGAGAGCGAUGAAGCAUGAGGGUUAACGUUCAAAUUUUAUGCACCACAUGACUGGUGGAGAUACGAAUAAGCUAGCUUUAUAUUCUUUUAAUCAAGCUGCUUGUGGUCAAUGUGGCGGACAUACCAAAACACCCUACACAGUCUCAACGCAUGUAAAAAGACCUUUCGAACUUCCAUUGAUUGGGCCUUUUUUUUUUUUUUU